CGCAAAUCGCUGUCGCUGGCCCUCGGUCGGCCCUUCUUCUCGCUGCCGAUAUUCCCUUCCCCUCCGACAUUCCCCUCCUUCACCACACCACAUCCCCCUCAACAUGUCUUCCGCAGAUGCGAAGCCGUUGCCCUUCGUCUACCAGUUCGCGGCUGGCGCCGUGGCUGGUGUGUCCGAGAUUCUGAUCAUGUACCCGUUGGACGUUGUCAAGACUCGGGUACAACUUCAGACCGGCAAGGCAGUUGGGGACGAGGGAUACAAUGGCAUGUUGGACUGCUUCAAGAAGAUCAUCAAGAACGAGGGUGCCUCAAGAUUGUACCGCGGUAUCACCGCUCCCAUUCUCAUGGAAGCGCCAAAGAGGGCUACCAAGUUCGCUGCCAAUGACUCAUGGGGUUCCUUCUACCGCAACCUCUUUGGCCAGUCCAAGAUGAACCAGUCGCUCUCUAUCCUCACGGGCGCAACUGCCGGUGCAACCGAGUCCUUCGUCGUCGUACCUUUUGAGCUGGUCAAGAUUCGGUUACAAGACCGCGCGCAAGCGCACAAGUACAACGGCAUGAUGGACUGUGUCAUGAAGAUUGUCAAGCAGGAAGGUCCUCUUACCCUAUACCAAGGUCUUGAGUCAACCCUGUGGAGGCACAUUCUGUGGAACGCCGGUUACUUUGGAUGCAUCUUCCAGGUCCGCGCUCUCAUGCCCGUGGCAACCGACAAGAAGUCACAAAUCACCAACGACCUUGUGUCUGGCGCUAUUGGUGGCACUGUCGGUACCAUUCUCAACACGCCCAUGGACGUGGUCAAGUCGCGCAUCCAGAACUCUCCCAAGGUUGCAGGCUCAGUACCCAAGUACAACUGGGCAUGGCCUGCCCUCGGCACCGUCAUGAGGGAGGAAGGCUUCCCAGCACUGUACAAGGGUUUCGUGCCAAAGGUUCUGAGAUUGGGUCCUGGAGGUGGUAUUCUGCUUGUUGUCUUCACAGGUGUCAUGGACUUUUUCCGCAGCAUGCGCGACGGCAAAUAGACGAUGGUGCAGUAAAGGGGGGACCGUGGUGUUUAUGACAUUUCCUCUUAGAAUACGAGAGUAUGACUGAGGAAUAGACGAUAGACUGUACACCCAGCAGACUUGUUGCCACACAAGCGACAGGAGGAAAACAUCUCUGCAUGACAUCGAAGAGCAUUUCAGAG